CAGCAGCUAUGGGAGGCCCGUAAUCUGCCAGCACCCUAUGUCAAAAAAUUCAACACACCAGCAGUGUGUGAGGAGACCUGAAAGUGGCACAUGGCAGAGUGUGGCGAUGGAGACAGCAGCAAUGGGAGGCCGUACGGGGACCCAUGAGAGACUUUGGACUUGGCAGCAGCAUGAGGAGGCGGUAUAAUAGGGGCCCAUGGCAGAUUAGGGGCCUGGCAGCAGCUAUGGGAGGCCCGUAAUCUGCCAGCACCCUAUGUCAAAAAAUUCAACACACCAGCAGUGUGAGGAGACCUGAAAGUGGCACAUGGCAUGAGAGACUGUGGACCUGGCAGCAGCACGACUGUUU